AUGUCUGAUGCAAAGGCAGUUGCUACGCCUAUGGGAUCUCACUUCAAGCUGGCUUCAGUGAAGUAUGCUGAUGAGCGCAUAGAUACAGAAAAGAUUAUGUAUUCCAGUGCAGUUGGUAGCGUUAUGUACGCAAUGGUUGGAACUCGACCGGAUGUUGCUUAUGCUCUUGGACUGGUGAGUCGAUUCAUGAGCAAACCUGGAAGUGUUCAUUGGGAAGCUACGAAGUGGCUGCUGAGGUAUUUGAGAGGCUCAGCUGAUCUAAAUCUGAUUUAUACCAAAGGUGAUGCUACUCUCAGAGUUCAAGGCUAUACUGACUCUGAUUUUGCUGGUGAUUUGGAUAAACAAAGGUCUACAAGUGGUUAUGUUUUCACAGUUGGUGGGAACACAGUGAGUUGGAGGUCAAGCAUUCAACCAGUGGUGGCUUUGUCUACAACAGAAGCUGAAUAUAUUGCCUUAUCAGAAGCUAUAAAGGAGGCAAUAUGGAUUAAAGGGUUACUAUAUGAAAUGGGUUUUGAGCAGCAGAAGGUUUCAGUCUGGUGUGACUCGCAAUCGGCUGUUAGUUUGUCGAAGAACAAAGUGUUUCAUGAACGUACCAAGCACAUGGCUGUGAAGUACAGUUUUGUCAGAGAUAUUGUGGAGGAAGGCGAGAUAGAGGUGUUGAAGAUACACACGUCUCAGAACCCUGCAGAUAUGCUAACAAAGUGCAUACCAGUGCAGAAGUUUGAGGCAGCGUUGGAGCUUCUCAAACUGACCUGUUGA